GGUUUUUCUUCAACGUGUGUAUAUUUACGAGCGGUCUAGAGAACAGAACAGAAUCCCAUAAUUUCACGUGGUAUCAAUAUAUUUUUCGAAUUCCCAUUUUGGUGAUUCAAAUUAAUAAAAAUGAAGUUCAAAAAUCUUCGCAAGAAUCCAUUCAGUGCGACGAAAUCACAAGACGAUGAUGUUGAAAUUAAAGAAGAAGCAAUUGAUGAGAAGCAAGUGGAAGAGGUUAAGUUCCCAGAAGACACAAAUUUCAAUCACAUAAAAUGCAAAGCCGUGAGGCAAAUGAAGGUACAAAAGAUGAUGAAGGCCAAGGCAAAGGCCAAGAAAGAAGCAAAGAAAGCGAAAAUUCAGUCUGGUGCACCGAAACAAGUGCCGCAUACAAUUGAGAGUCUUCGAGAGAAAGAUGAAACCGCAAUAAUUGGAGACCUUGAUGAUGAAGAAAACGCAGAAGUCAAAGCAGAAUUGAUGAAUGAUGAAUUUGCUGCCUAUUACAGAAAUGAUUAUGAACCGAAAGUAUUGAUCACGUACUGUGAUAAUCCAACACGAAAAACGAGAAUUUUUGGGAGAGAACUCACUCGCAUUAUUCCAAACUCUCUCUCAUUAUAUCGCAAUCGUUCAGGUGUUAAGAAAAUGGUCAAAUCCGCCACGGCCAGAGGAUUUACUGAUAUUAUUGUUAUUAAUGAGAAUCAGUGUCAGCCCAAUGGAAUGUUGGUGGUUCACCUGCCCGAUGGACCGACGGCUCAAUUUAAAUUGAGCAAUGUCAAAAUAACGCCUGAGCUGAAGAGAAGUCAUAAAGAGAUCAGUGAACAUAGACCUGAGGUUAUCCUGAAUAACUUUACAACACGAUUGGGUUACACAAUUGGACGGAUGCUGGGAGCUCUCUUCCAUUAUCAGCCAGAGUUCAAAGGACGCAGGGCGGUUACCUUCCACAAUCAACGUGAUUACAUUUUCUUCAGACAUCACAGGUACGAAUUUAAUCUGAAAACAGGUAAACCAAAGUUGAGGGAAUUGGGACCGCGUUUCACAUUGCGACUAAAAUCCCUUCAGCAUGGAACUUUCGACAGUAAAUACGGAGAAUAUGAAUGGAUUAUUCAGGGUAAACGCCAUGCAAUGGAGACGAGUAGAAGAAAAUUCUUCUUGUAAGAGGAAAAAAUAUAUCGUUUUUGGAAUAAAAAUUCAACAACUGGGGA